AUAAUCUUGUUGUCAAUUUUAGGAAUAGAGCAUUCUUAUCGACACCUAGUGAUAGAAUUGUUAACAAAAUAUGAGGUUGACUUUUGCUUUAGGAUUUUUAAUAGUCCUUGUGAUUGUCGAUGCACGCCGAUUGCCUGCUAAAAACCAUGAAGUUCAUAAAGAAAAAUUAAAUGUAGCCGAUCAGGCCCCCGCUGAAUCGGGGCAUAAGAAGGAGGAACAUCACGACCAGAACUUCAAAAAAGGAGGAGGUAAGGAGCACCAUGCUGAACAUCAUCAUGACCACGAAGAAAAAGGUCAUAAGGGCUAUAAGGGUCAUCACCACCACGAAAAAGGCGAAAAAGGGCACCACGAUAAAGAACACCACAAGGGAGAAUAUGAUGAUCAUGGUGCUCAUAAAAAUGAACAUCAUCACGAGGAUGGACACUAUGAUGAACAUCACAAAGGUGAAAAAGGCGAAAAAGGUCAUAAAUACGAAGAAAAGGGACACUACAAUAAAGGACAUUCAACUAAAGGACAUCACGAAAUACACAAACUGGAUGAAUUCAAAAAAGAUAAACACUUCUUCGACGAAGAAGGCGAUUCCGGUCACGAAGAAAAACAUGGAGGAUUCCAUGAAGAACAUGGACACAAAAAAGGUGGACACUUUAAGAAGGGACAUCAUGAAGGAGGCCACCAUGAGCAUGAGCACGGUAAAAAGGGUCACCACAGUAAAGGAGGACACCAUCACGAGCAUAAAGGUCACAAAGAGAGCGGCGGCCAUGACGAGCAUUACAAUCAUCACGACGAUCACGGCAAGAAGGGUGAUCACGCGCAUCACAAGAAAUGGGGAUACAAGAAAGGACAUUAAGGUACUCGAUAUAAGCGAAAUUUGGCUGUGUCAAUAUAAUUUUAAUGUUGUUGAAAAUGUGA